UACGUUUACUCCCUUCUUUGAGAGGCGCAUUGUUGAAUACCGCGAAUUAAAAGCAAACUGUCAAAAACGAGCUCACCUGCGGUUCUACUCACUAUGUGACGUGGUGUGGUGAGAAUAAAAAAAAAUAAAUAAAUAAAAAACAUUGUGACGUGGUGAAAAUUGGGACGGGAAAAGUGUUUCGGUUCGUCGUCGGAAAUUGCGAUAAUUUCGUUGCCAAUUCCAACACGGCACGGUAGAAAUUGUACGGCAACGCUGUUCUGUUGUGAGGUCGCGCACGGAACGCGCCAAAGAACCUAUCCGUGAACAUCAGGAUGAGCUCGUUUAAGCGAGAUAACAAGGAGGAGGAUGACGGAGGUAACCCGUGGCAAAAUUUGGAGAAAACGUCAGUGCUGCAGGAAACUCGAAUGUUCAACGAAACACCGGUGAACGCUCGGAAAUGUACACACAUUCUGACCAAGAUUUUGUAUCUCUUGAAUCAGGGAGAGGUGCUCGGCACUCGAGAGGCCACCGAAUGUUUCUUCGCAAUGACGAAACUGUUCCAAUCCAAGGAUGUCGUCAUGCGGCGCAUGGUGUAUCUCGGCAUCAAAGAGCUCAGCCCAAUCGCCGAUGACGUCAUCAUUGUGACGAGCUCGCUGACGAAGGACAUGACCGGCAAGGAGGAUCUGUACCGUGCUCCGGCGAUCCGUGCGCUGUGCAGCAUUACGGACAGCACGAUGCUGCAAGCCGUGGAGCGGUACAUGAAACAGUGCAUCGUUGACCGGAACGCACCGGUAUCGAGUGGUGCACUCGUAAGCUCGUUGCAUCUGGCCAGCACGGCCGGUGAGGUGGUGAAGCGUUGGGCGAACGAAGCCCAGGAGGCAUUGAAUAGCGACAAUAUCAUGGUGCAGUAUCAUGGGCUUGGCCUGUUGUAUCACAUUCGCAAGGCGGAUCGACUCGCGGUGACGAAGCUGGUCAACAAGCUGACGCGGCAGACCCUACGCAGCCCGUACGCAACGUGUUUCCUUAUCCGUAUCGCGUGUAAAAUCAUGGAGGAAGAGGAUGCGAGCGGCAACGCAACUGAGGAGUCUCCGCUGUUCAACUUUGUUGAGUGUUGCCUGCGCAACAAGUCCGAGAUGGUGGUGUAUGAGGCAGCCCAUGCCGUGGUCAACCUGAAGCGGACGAACCCACGCGAACUCUCGACGGCGAUCAGCAUUCUGCAACUGUUCUGCGGAUCAUCGAAAGCCACGCUGCGUUUCGCGGCCGUGCGUACGAUGAACAAGGUGACCGUGUUGCACCCAACGGCCGUAAACGUGUGCAAUCUGGAUUUGGAGGCGCUUAUCGUGGACACGAACCGCUCGGUAGCAACACUGGCCAUCACCACGCUCCUGAAGACCGGUGCGGAAAGUUCCGUCGAACGAUUGAUGAAGCAAAUCGCGACGUUCGUUGCUGAGAUAUCGGACGAAUUCAAGCUAGUGGUGGUUCAGGCGAUCCGCUCGCUCUGCACGAAGUUCCCCCGCAAGCACGCGGUCACGAUGAACUUCCUCAGCGGAAUGCUGCGUGAGGAGGGCGGUCUGGAGUACAAGACGUCGAUCGUCGAUACAAUCAUCUUGAUCAUCGAGGAGAACCCGGACGCAAAGGAGUCCGGUUUGGCGCAUCUGUGCGAGUUUAUCGAGGAUUGCGAGCACACGUCCUUGGCGGUUCGCAUCCUUCAUCUGCUCGGAAAGGAGGGACCGUACUCCAAGUGUCCCUCACGAUACAUCCGGUUCAUCUACAACCGGGUGAUACUGGAAAACGCGACUGUUCGAGCAGCCGCCGUUGCAGCGAUUGCCCAGUUCGGUGCCAGUUGUCCCGAUUUACUACCAAACGUGCUGGUGCUGCUUAACCGAUGCCAGAUGGAUUGCGACGAUGAGGUGCGAGAUCGCGCGACCUAUUACUACACCAUACUGAACCAAUCGAACGCGGAUCUUAACAAACGGUUCAUCGCGGACCAUGAGAUUGUGUCGCUUCCACUACUGGAAAAAUCGCUCAACGAUCAUCUCAAGGGACCGCUGACAGAGCGGUUCGAUCUGACGGUCGUUCCAAAAUCUCAGGUCGUGCAGCCGGAGGUGAACGAGGUGAUUAUGAACAAAGCGGCACCAAAAAUUGCUCGCGUCAACCGCGAAGAGGUUAACACGGAGAAGCUGCUCGCGAUUCCGGGCAUUCAUCAUGUCGGCGCGCUGCACAAAUCUUGCGCUCCCGUGCAGCUGACCGAAAGCGAAACGGAAUACACGGUGUCCUGCAUCAAACACUGCUUCGCGCAUCACAUCGUGUUCCAGUUCGAUUGCGUCAACACGCUGUCCGAUCAACUGCUGGAGAAUGUGCGCGUAGAUCUGGAGCUUCCGGAGGGUUUCGUUUCGCGGGCCGUAAUUCCGUGCCCCAAGCUACCGUACGGUGACAAGGAAUCUACCUAUGUCAUCGUGCAGUUCCCGGAAGACAUACCGAGCUCAAUUGCUACGUUGGGUGCAACGCUGCGCUUCAUGGUGAAGGAUUGCGAUCCGGCAACAGGACAACCAGAUUCGGACGAGGGCUACAAUGACGAGUACAUCCUGGAGGACAUCGAAAUCACCGUCGCCGACCAGAUACAGAAAUCGAAGAAGCAAAACUUUAUCAGCGACUGGGAGAGUGCCGACACGGAAGAAUGGAUCGAAGCGGAAGACACAUUUGAGCUGUCAUCGGUAAACAGCUUACAGGAUGCGGUCAAUACUAUCCUUAAGUUCCUCGGGAUGGUCGCCGCCAACUUUUCCCAUAAUGUCCCGGAAGGUGCCCAUACACACACGUUAAUGUGCUCUGGAGUGUUCCGUGGCGAUGUAGAAGUGCUCGUCCGCUCCAAGCUGGCCGUUUCAGAUGGAGUAACAAUGCAGCUGACGGUACGAUCGACGAACAUGGACGUUGCUGAAUUGAUCACCUCAGCGGUGGGCUAAGACAUCAUCCCCGUCAGCCGUGUGUACCGUCAAGAUACGAUUUUCCUGCCCAUCAAAUCGGAACUCUCAUGUGCAACAAACUGUACCAACACACGUAUCCCUAGCAGAAAAUUGUCCUGCUCUCGUUAUGAGCCACAUGCAAGGAAGCACACCAUAUACCCACACACACACACACACACACACACUGAUACCCAAAACCACACACAUACACACACGUGUACAUGCAAAGGAAUUAUGGCGGGUCGCUAUUACUGGCUGUCGGUCGAUGUUAUUUCAUUCCGUUUCUCGUGGAUGCCCAUCUCCAAGAACGAACCGCUCGUGCAUCGCAAAACCUUCCUGUUCGAUUUGGUUUCCGAUACUUUCUCGUAGGAUAUCCAGGAUAAUGCUCGGCUAAAGAAGUAGGUGGCCUUUUCUUGCGUUUCCUUCGGUGACCGCAUUCGGUGGCAAAUGAGGGAACAUGGAAAUAUUGCGGAAUAUUUUAGCUUACGUUACUUAUAGACACAUUCAUCAUGAAAUGGAAGGGACGUUGUGGAAGUCGCACGUGGGAUCAUCCAAAUAAUUGCCUCCUAUACAAUAUCUCGUACGGUAAACGUAACACGUUCUUUUUUUUGCUCUCGUAAAGCAGCAGGUCGUUGCCAUAUGAGCUCUUUUAUAUAGCUAUUACAUUCAUUACCCAUGUAAAGCGAUCGAUAUAAGCAGGAUUUUGUUUUGUUUUGUUUGCAUGCAAAUAACACCAAUCAUGAGCAAUUACGAUCGCCACCAUUCUUUAUCGCAAUCUUUGAACAUAAACGUAUAGCUUUUUUUUCUUCGUUGAUACGCUACAAAUUGUACGGCACCCACGAACGACCGUUGAUGCAAUUUCCCUUCCGCGCACGUGUAUGUGAAUAUGUAUUAACUAGUGUAAUAUGAGAUACAAUAAAGAAACUCGGAUGCUUUUGUUUUCUUUGCCAUGCCUGUUGGCUUACACUUCAACAGUGCGCAAGUUAACGAAGGUUGCUAUACACGAAA